CUGCUCAACUUAAGAACUCCUUGUAAAAGGACUAGACAUUUUCGUAAACAUUUGGGCAUAGUAAAAAAAUGCAGAGCCUAGCAAGAUCAGUAUUUACCAUUGGGAGAAGAUGUGUGCUGCAGAAAGGACCUCAACAAAAUACUGGUUGCUUGUUUACAACUUCUUCUAUACUUAAGAGUGACAAACUUUUUGUUCAUCGGGACACUGAGCAAAACAAUCCAGAUAUACCAUUUGAAUUUACUCCUGAGAAUUUAAAACGUGCUGAAUCUAUCAUAAGUAUAUAUCCAGAAGGACAUGAGUCAGCUGCAGUUAUACCUUUACUUGAUCUUGCUCAGCGACAGUAUGGUUGGUUACCUAUAUCUGCAAUGCAUUAUGUGGCUGAUAUGCUCAAAAUGCCUCGCAUGAGAGUGUAUGAAGUUGCAACUUUUUACACUAUGUUUAACCGUGAACCAAUUGGAAAGUAUCAUGUACAAGUUUGUACGACAACUCCUUGUAUGUUAAGAGGUGCAGAAGAUGUUCUUGAUCAGUGUAAGAAAAAUUUAGGUAUUGAUGUUGGUGGAACAACAAAAGAUGGUCUCUUCACAUUGAAUGUUGUAGAAUGUCUUGGAGCCUGUGUUAAUGCACCAAUGAUUCAAAUUAAUGAUAAUUAUUAUGAAGAUUUGUCUUUAAAUGAUGUAGAUGAAAUUUUAAAUGACUUAAAAUCAGGGAAUGUACCAAAAGCUGGUCCACGUAGUGGUAGAUUAGCUUGUGAACCAGCUGGUGGUCUGACAUCAUUAACUGAGCCUCCUCCAGGCCCUGGUUUUGGUGUUCGAUCAGACUUGUGAAUUUGACCAACAUAUGAGUACAUUUGCGCAAGUUAAAAUAGAUAUUUAAAAUUAAAUUUCUGUUGCAGCCCAUCAAUUUUCUUUUAGAAUUAAGCAGUAUAAAUAUAGUUAUGCAUAAAAAUUUUAUUUUGUAAAAGAUUUAGAUGCGAAACAUUUAUACUUUUGGGAAUAUGAGCUCUUUAUUGCUUUAAAUAAAAAUUAAAUAAUGUUAGUUGUUGAAUUCGUCACUUAAUUGUUACAUAUGUAUCGUAUACCAGCUUCACGAGAUAUUUUAUUUUAUAAGAGCUGAACAUGAAAAAAUUAGGGAAUGAUGUGGUAUUUAACAUACUACUUUUUAGUUAGUUAUAUAUUUCUUGGAUGCUGCGACCAAAAUAUUAUUUUUGAAGUUGAAUGUUUAAAAGUUUCUUUUUCCCACCAUUUCAACUUUAAAACACUAAAGUUGAAAUGGUGGGAAAAAGAAACUGUUAAAACAACAAACAAGUUCAGUUCCUAUGGUAACUAACUAGAAGCAAUAGAUCGCAUACUAUAUCAUCACAAAAAAACUGUGUUUUUGUUGUUGUAACACUUGUAUAGUUAAGCAUAGAAUAUCAAACAUACCUACACAUUUAUUCUGGGAAAAACUUUUUAUUACAGAUGAAAAUCAGUUUGGUUGUACUUUUCAUAACUAAUAUAAGUUAAUGUUAUACAUGUUUUAAGAAUUAUUUCUAGAUUUUGUUGCCUUCAGUACUUAUGUUAAUUGUGGUUGACAAUAAAAUUUACUGUAGAGUAUAUUUUGAUUUAGGGGAUAAGCUUUGUGGCUAGAAUGAAGGCUAGAAACUUUAAGUGCAAUUUAAGUACAGUUUAAUUCAGCAAACAAGUAGUUCGGCACAUAUAUGAUUUUUUUGUAGCUGUAAUAUGCUUUUUUCUUUUCUUUCUUUUUCCUUUUUUAAUUUGCAGAUUAGAUUGCCAUUUUUAAUAUCAUUCAUAUUUAUAGAAUUGCAGGUCUUUGUAAUGUCUUAAAUUAAAAAAAAUUUUUUUUUAAGAAUUCUAAACCGGAUUGCUUCACUCUUGUAUGAAUUUCUGUGCAUAUAACAUACAUCCCCCAAUAUAUAUAGAUUUUCAUUUUUAUUGUGGUUCAUAUUUCUGGAAUUCAAAUCUUUUCUUGACAGAAUAUUUAUAGUUUUAGACUUGAUCAUUUCAAUGCUUGAAAGGUCAUUUUUAUGCUGAGCAUGAUACAAAAUUUGUGUCAUGAAUCAAAUAAUUUGUUUUGCCAAGUACAAGUAUUCGGAAAAAUAAAAAUUCUGUGUGAUAUAUUA